AUUAACAUUGACGUAACUUAAACAAGAGAAGUCUAAGACGUUUCGCCUCUCAAAUGUGUAUUUCUAUUGAGUUUACUUUAGUUUAUAUUAAUAUGAUUGUGAGUUUAGCGUUUGGCUAAUGUUAUUAAUCAAUUUUUUAUGUUUACUAUAUCUAAUGGUGCCCACCGAAUGUUACACUAUAUCUAAAAGCAAUAUAAACAAUAAUAGAUUGGAUGAUGGGAUUGGCAAUUUCAAUCUCUUCGACGACGCAACACAUCAAUUGGCAGUACGUGACCGUAAAACUUCGUUUAAACACAAAAAAAUAAAACACGAAACGCAAAAUGAAGCUUUAUCAAGGAAAACUACAAGAAACAGUGAAAUUGUUUAUGAUAACACUGAACUAAGACCUAAUUUGAAUCGCAACGCAAAAACUAAAAGAAACCUAGGUGUAUUUUGGAGAAAACUAAAACCAAAAAAUCACAAAUCCAAAAUUAAAACUACAGUUAAAACUUCAAUAAAAAACUUUACAAAUAAUUAUAAUAUUAGCAGACUAACAUCUAGUGUUGCUCAAAACCAAAUGCUCAAAUUUACUAAGAAAAAAAGAGAUAUUCACACUAGAUUAACAACAUGGAGACAUCACAGUAAAAAUCAUACAGCAACACAUAAACACGCUAACAAAACUCAAAAGACUACAACCAGAAAACAAACUUCGAGAGUAGAUGAAAAUCUUCAUAACGUACUUGCAAAUUUAACAACAAAGCUGUAUAAACUAAAAGAGAAAUACGGAAUCUACAACGAAGAAAUUGGAAUACCAGCAACAGAUGCAUCAACGACUAAAUUGAUGCAGUUGAGUGAUGAUGAAAAUUUUGGAACAGCAGAAAUCGAGGCCUUGCUGGACGAUAUGAGGAGUAAAGCUAUUUCAACGAUGGCGGAACAAAAUCCGGGCGUUACCGAUUUAAUAACCAGCUCUGUUACUGAGGCUACCUUUAAAUCUGAUCCUCUGUUGAAAAAUCUAGAAAUUAUUCCCGGUCUUGCCUUAAGCACUUUAGUUUUCGCCAACAAAGGAGCUAAUCUCAAUGAAACGGUGGGAAUUGGUUCAACUGAAUCACAUGACGUCAGAGCUAGAUCAGUAAAAGAUGAGGCUCUCUCGACCGCACAGAAGAUAGAAGAUAAGAUACAGAAAGGAUUUAAAGGUUUUUGCAAGAAAUUGAAGAAGAAAGUUACACGUGAUUUUCGUAAAAAUGAUUUACAAUCAACGUUAAGGAAUCCAAAAAAACAUCACACUCCUAAGCUCGUACCAACAUCGUCAGUAUCCCAUACUGUUCCAACGACUACGCCUAAAACUCAUACAUACAGCGCUCCAAGUCCUAUCCUACAGCCUAGUAAGUUUGCACGGAAAAAUCGUGAAAUGAAAUACAAUGACUACAACAAAUAUGUUAAUAAUUAUAAAGCUGGUACCCCACCAGCGAUGGAUGAUGCCUCUAUGCUGCCUGUUUACGAGAGAAUGCUUGAGAAAAGCCAAGAAAACAACAUAAUGAAUAUACUCGCGACAAAAGACAACAUUGAUAGAAUUAAACGAACUAAAAACGAUAUAGAAGUCACGAAAAGUAAUAAAAAUGCUAACGUUGAAUUAUAUGAAUAUGGCGAACAGAUGCCUGAUGAUUUAUAUUAUAAUAUGGAUAAAGCAGAGACAACGAGCACGGAUAACGAUGCUCCUAUGAACUACGAUGAUGUGACAUCUCCGAAUUACGAUAUGAACAAUGUCGAUAACGAUGUUGGUACUUCGACAGCUCAGCCGGUACCAGAGGACACGAGCUACGAAGGACUGUCCGACAAAAUAUCGUACAAAGCAUACGUUAACGGUUACAAGCAUUAUCUGAACUUUCAAAGGGAGCAGGGCAAUCAAAACUUUUCAGACAUGAUCAAAUACCAAGCGCAUAGGCAUCACAAUGUGGACGAUAUAGGAAAAUACAUUUUGAACAAAAUACCGGAAUUGCCACGCGUCAAGAGAUUCUUUGAUGAUACCGAUAUUGAAGACCAAGAUUCUUCGACGAAAAGCGACGAAUCGUGGUUCAGAAAGCAUUUUUACAUAUUCAUCGACAAUAAUCCCCCGAAAAAAUAUCACACCUCCGAAACUGUCUCAUUGAAAUCGCCCACGACUGAAAAACUGGUUACCUGUCAACGUAAAAACUUGUCUGAAUUGGAACUUAAAGAUAGAGUGAAGCUAGAUCUAGAUAAAGAUAAGGACGAUACUGAAGAUUUUAAUUUGGAUGAGCUUGAGAAAUCUUUGGAGAGUGAUUCGAUCGCGAAGUCAACGGCAGAAAAAAGCACAACAAAAGAAGCCGCCACCGAAGACCAUCUUAAUAAAGACAACACUGAUGAAAUAACGUCACAGAAAUUUCUGGACAAGUUAUUCAGAUUGAAUAGAAAGACGACCAGAGAUGAUUUAAUAGAUUACGAUAAAGAUUCAGAUAUUCGUGUAAAUAGCUUCGACGAGACAUACGAUGAUGACUAUAACACAGAAUUUAUAUUCGCCGAUGCUAAUGAUAGGAUCAAGCGCGACGAGAAGAAAUCAACUAUAUUCGAGAUUACAAAUCGAAUUUUUAAGACAAAUAACAAUAAACUUGACACUAAGGAUCUGAACGGCGCGAAAAUCUAUACAACUGUGCCCACAACGUGUUCGAAAGACGAUAACACAACGGCGAAUUUAAUUAAAGAUAUUUUACACAUAUUUCAAAAUAAUAAAAAGGAUGACAAUAAAAACAAUAGGCACCGAAGGUUCAGUCCGUUGAAGCGUUUGAAAAACAUUUUUCGUGUUAAAACCGAUGAGAAAUACACGAAUGUAAAUUACAAUAUUCAUGAUUAUGAACUUAUGACAACUGAUCCGGACGUCACUCCCAUGAAGUACCACACACCGGCAAGCGUUGAAGAUAUUAUAGAGCAAAUACCUAAUAUAACUGCUGAUGAGUCUUUUAGCACGAAGAUUAAUGAGCACGCAGAGAUGGAGCAAGCAGCAGAUACAAAGGGAACUCAAGCUCUCCCAGAAUUCAAUGGAAUUAAGAAAGACGCAUAUUUUCGAAUAGAUGACUUUCACGUGAGCACCACGAACAAAUUGAAAACGAAGCCCAGAAAAGUGUACGAGGACAGUCUGAUGAAUGUAAAUGUCAAAACUGUGACCGCUCCCCGUGAAUGGCUACAAGCGGAUCAAGGAAACGAAGCAUACACCAAACAAAAGGAAUACAACGUGCAAGUACCCGAUCGAGAUAUUGUAUUUAAACAGUCGCAACUAGACAAGAUUCCUCUAGCAGUAAUAGACAAGGGUGUAGACGAAUCUAAUCGAGUUGCAGAAAAACCACAAGUUUACGAACCGAUCGACGGAGAUUACAACGAGAACCGUCCCAAUGGCACGUUGAAUUUGGAAUAUAGUUUGUUCAGAUUUAAAAAUGCAGCUAGAGAUUUUAAUAGGAGUCAAAAAUCUACGCCUUUCCCACUAGAUGAGGUGAAACCACAGGAAAUGGAUAAAAAGUUUACGCCGCCCGACUAUUUUGGGGAUCUGCUAAUCUGGCAUAAUGAUAUACUAAAUUCUGAUGAGGUACCGACGCCUUGGAAGGACGCUGUAUUCAAUUUCGAACAUUCCGAAUACAAAAUACCUAAAGUUGAUUAUUUGAAAGAAGGCAAAGACUAUUUAAAGUCGCUUGAAAGUAAAGACAAUAGUGCUAAAGAAGAAAAUGCCAAAUUUAAAACAAAAAUCAAUGAAAUUUCCAAUAAGGCGGCCAGGAAAGUUAAGAAUACUGAACUUUCUCAGAAAUUUGAUCAAGUCAAGAAUGAUUUCGAUGGAAAACAAAAUAGUUUUAACGAUUUUGUGAAUAAUAGGGGCCUUACAAAAGCUCAAGUUUUGAUUAAAACUAGUGAGAGGGUAGGAAAUAGAAGAACAAAUAGUGCAAAGAGCGUCCCGAGCAGGGACUCCGCUAUCCUGGUGGACACAACCCUCCUCUCAUACGAUGAUGACGUUGGCUUCCUGACCAACAGCUUGAGGCAGACCGCCAAGAAUUCACCAAGAAGCAGAAUAUAUUCGAAGAAACCGGACGCUACAUCGGUCAUCACCAAGACGAACCGACAACCAGUUCAGUAUUUUACAACACCUCUUCCGAUGACGAUGAAUGACUUCGAGAAAUUCCUGAAGGACAACAGUCUGGAUGUGGAAUCUGUAACGUCUCCCAUAACGGACCUGCCCACUGACGACGCUGAAACACAGAAGGCCAAGAGAAUGAAAGCAAUCAAUCAAGAAAUCAACGACGACAAUAAUAUAAAGAUGGAUCCAGAAAAUGUCUUCAAUUAUUUAGAUUAUUUAGAAAGUGGUUUAUUUGAUGACGGCGAUGCAGAAUUGUAUAGGGACAAAAGGCAAACUAGUGUAGAUGAGGAUUUUGAUAACGGAAACGAUAGGUCAAAAGGGACCACAGCAACUGAUGAUUUGUCAAAGAAGGAUUUCGAUAUAACGAUAAUUAAUGUUGACGACAAAAAAGCCGCUCAACAUGACGCGGCCGAUUCGCAAGUGCUCGACAAAGCAGAAUCGACUACGGAACAGAUUAACGCAAAGACGGGAAUGUCGAAUUUGAACAAAAUCGAGAAAGCAGCUAAAGAGUUUGACUUCUUUAAGAAACUACACAACAAUCAAAUGUACAAUCGUUUGUUUCCUAAAAACAAUAAAAUCGAGAAUACCGCUGGAGUUCUAGAAGCCACUACUAAAACAAUUAUGGCUUCUGAAGAACUAUUUCAGAAGCUGCCCAUUAAACUGGGCAAUGACCCGAAAAGAGUACGGAUUAGUAGCCACAGCUAUAAAUACGAUAUCAUCUAUCAUCGGCCGAAGAAGAACCAGAAGGGGAAAGGAGAAAUAAGUGCAGUCAAUCCUAUCUCGGAAGUAACCUACUGCACCGAGAUUGAGGAAGAGGAACAAAAUAGCGAUGACAACAUUUUCAGUCUUCCUAAAAGGAGUCGCGUGAGGGGAAAUACCGAAGGAUUUACUAACGAUGUCAUUGAAACAAGUGUUAUGCCAAUAGAAGAGUUUGACGUAAAGCUUGCUGAUAGACACAAACGCGAUGCGAAAAAUCAGACAUUCACAGCUAGAGAUGUAGCGGCCAUAGAGGUGAUCAUCGAUCUGAUAAAGAACACUGAAGACAAACACACCACGCAACCAGACCUGGACGAUGUCGCUUCGAAAUAUCCUGUCAAUUUGAGUAAUUCCAUUCAAGUACACAUUGGAGUUCCGGGAGCUUUUAUUAGUGACAAAAAGAGGUCGUUAGAACCGAAUAAAGUCAGGAAGGUCUUUUCGGCCAGAAUGCUGACCCCGGUCGACGUUGUGUAUCAAGUUAAUUCGUUUGAUACGAACGAUGUGACUUCUAAAACAGUUGAAGAGCACCCGAGUUUAUUGCCAGGCGUUUAUCUGCUAGUUGAUAGUUCUUAUCCAGAAAGUUUCGCUCUGAAACCGGUCGCAGCUAGCUCGGAUAAAAACGUUAAACGUCCGAAUGUCACGGUCGAAACUGCCACCAGCGCACCGCCCAACGCCAUAUCAAAGGUGACUUUGAGUAAAGAUUUAAUUUCCGCAAUCAAUAAGCAACUGAUGCAGCUGUACAAUAAUCUAACAACGGCCACAAAAGACAAAAAUGCUACAAAACAUCGUAAGAAACGAAGUAUUAAUUGGAAAGCAAUCAAAAAGUAUUUUGGAUACGACCGAGUGUGCAAUUGUAAAUGUAAAGCCAACAAAACUAUGUGCAGGGCGUGCGCGGCUAGCGACGCCGUCAUAAAAGAGCUACUGUUUGAAUUUGACAACCUGGGCAGGUACAUGCGCGAGCAUUGCACUGAAAUCCAAACGUAUUUCUGGAUGAAUCCAAGCGGCGGAAAAAAAUUGAAAGAUUCCGUUCACAAUAUUGAUAAGGACUUGCAUGAUUAUUACAAGAGGGUCAAAGGUAAGUGCCAAGGGCGCACAUGUGAUGCAAUGGGCAUUAUAGACAAGAGAGACCUGGUGAGAAGUGAUACUUUGAAAAGUAAAGACCCAGGGGUGAUCUUUGUUAAGAAAUUAGAACAAUUAGCGAGAGAUGUGAAUGUGGCCUGUAAAACUGCGACGUGUUACAAUGAGAAGCUUAUCAAGGGAAGCAAACGACUCUUCGAUGCGGUCGCCAAUUGUAUAUCUAGUAAGUCCUUCGAGAAGAGGUCUGAUUGUAAAAAUGAAAGUUAUUCCGUUGAAAAUAUAAGCGUUAAUAUAAUUUGUAACGAUGCUAAAACGAGUGUUGAUGAUUCUAAUGACUUCACUUCGAAUAGCCUCGAUACGAUAACAGAAAAUUAUAACUCCGUUAAUUGGAAUAUAAAGAAAAGAAAUGGAAAAAAACAUAAGGGAAUCAAAGGUUUAUUUAAAACAAAACACAAAUUAGGUGCAUCGAACGACGAAAUGACAAAACAAAUUGAUAUUGGGAAGAGAGAAAUCAAUCAAAUCGAUUCUCCAUUAAUAUCGGACGCCGGUGGUAAUUUCUGGAAUGAUUACAUCAAUAGGAUCACUAGAGAUGAUAAGUCAGCUGACGAGAAUUAUAUUCCUACUAUUGGUGUUGGUAUCACUGUAGUACAAGAUGAUAUAGAGGAAAAUAAAAAUUACCUAUCCAACGUUGAUGGCAGUUCAACACACAAAGAUGACGGCAACAAUGAAAAUGUUUUUCCUAGUGUUGGCAGUACAGUUAUACAAGCUAGAGCUGUCACGGCAGAAGCUGGCAACGGAUUUACAGAGAGAACAAAAAUACCUGAACUUUCUGGUGUAAAUGACUCAUUCGAUGAUGAUCCCGAAACAGCUGACAUAACGAGUAAUAUCAAGGAGCUAUUGAAACUUUUCGAUACGUUAAUAAGCGUUGGAAAAGACACAGAAAUAUCUGAAUAUGCAAACGAAAUUACAACUCCAUCAUUUAGCACGGCUAGCUUCAAACUGAAUACUACACCAAUUGUAGCCCAAAAAAUUACACACCCUAUAACCGCUAAACAAACAUUACAGUAUACAGAAAAACCUAGCACAGAAAAAAAGCAAAUACAUACGUUAACAAGUCAAAUACCAGUCGAAGAUAGAUCAGAUAUAACCGACCCCAGAUCUACACUUACAACAACUACACACGUUGCACAGACAACUGCUUCAAAAGCGCCACUGGAUAAUAUGAAAACAAGAAAGGAUUAUAUUAAAAACAUUACCGAAAAUAGUACUGAGUCCAGUGACGAUACUUUGAUAGUAAUAAACGAAGUAAAACGUGAUAAAUGCAAGAAUCUAUUGCUUGCGAUCAUAGACUUUGAGAUUAACAAAUUGAAUCGCGAAUGGAUUGAGUGCGCCAACGGUGAAUUAUACAAACGGAGACGAUGCAGUGAGGAAGAUGAUAAGAAAAUUGGAAUUGAGAACAUACGCACAAAUUUGGUAAAUGCGAAUGCGAACAGGAACAUCACGACUGAAAAAACUUCUGAAAAAUCAAAGAGUACAUCUCAUAAUGUAAAAGUUAAAGGGAUUUUCAAUAAAAUCGCCAAUAAACUAGCGAAUAAAGUGGCCCGAGGAACUAGAAAAGGAGACAGCUGAUUCAGAUCACAUACAAAAAGUGAAACCAAGAAGAAUUCAAUAAACAUAAUUGAUUAUAAGCUCGGUAGCUUAAUGAAAUAUCUCCUAAUAGUUUUAAAAUAAUAUUUAUUAAUGCCGGUUGUGUUUUGAUAUUCUGUGCACUCCCAUUUAACAUAACUAAAGCUGAUAUUUAUUCGGUAAUUUUAAUGUUGGUCUAAAAUGCUCCUAGGUUGUCUGUAUGAUUGUUUUUAGAUGUAGAUGUAAUGUUUAAGAGGUGCGUUUUAUUUUGUAAGUGUUAUAUUUAAUUUUAUUGUCGAUUACGUGUUUGCGAAUGAAAUUGUUUUCAUAUUUGACAUAAGUUUUAAUAAAUGUAGUUGUAUUUUAAAAAA